AUGGGCGAGAUUCAACUGCAAUCUAUUUAUUAUCACGAGUCACGCACCAGUUCAUACCGCGCCGAAGAUGAACCCAGAACUUCCGAGGCGACGCCACUCCUACAGCGUUUUCCAAGAAAUCCAGGUCAAGAAGAACAAAGAUACCGGACCACCAUGGUCGUCACCUUACUCUUUCUAGUUCUCUUCGCGGGAAUUGUAAUAGGCACAUAUUUGUUGGUUAUCCAAAGCAGAUCAGAGAACGUUUUACCGCCAGUCGAGCCGUCGGUGCUUAUGGUGAGCCGUUUCCAAUGGGAUAAGACCAGCCCGAUCCAAACAACCCAGCAAUCUUCAACGAAGGCAAGCCAGGUGAUAGUCGUCGAGACGGGCACGAGGCAGUGUUACGGCGCGUCAGACUGCGCGAAGCUGCUAAAUAUGAUGCAGGCGACAAACGUAUCAAGUCUACCGUAUAACUUCAUGAUAUCGUCAGAUGGACAGACGUUCGAAGCUCUCGGAUGGAGAAGACAGUCGCCUCUGUUUCCUCAAUACUCUGCAGAUGCUUUAGUGUUAGCUUUUAUAGGUAACUUCACUCAAGAGGCACCGAAACAGGCUCAAAUUCUGGAAGCGAAGAAUUUCCUUGCAGAAGCGUUAAGCCAGGAACGAUUGCAGCCACGCUUCGUUGUGAUCGGUAGAACGGUGAACGAAUUCCCGAAAUCCCUAUUUCUUGCAUUAAGUAAUUUGCCACAAUGGAAUAAGGAACUGUCUGAUAUUAAGUAA